UCAGUGGCGAGGAAACACACCCGUCAGCAGCGCGCAUUGGAGACGAAAAAAAAACGCAUCACGGACAAAGGAAAGGAAAUAUGGGCGAGCUGGAGAGAAUUUGCCAUCACCGAGUCCAACAAUGGAUGAGCGACGUGCGUUUCAUUCAGCCGGGGUCCAUUUAGGCCACCUUAAUGAGGUGCUGGGACGCAUGGUACUGCAAGCUAAAAAGGCGGAAGGCUGCGUUUAAUCCGUCUGCGGAUCCUCGGAGUUUGCGAUGGCUGUUGCUGGGAUACGCAACCGGCUCGGAAGCAAUGUGCCUUUCUAUUAUUUUGUGAUAUUCUCCUUAUUUUGUGGCCUUUCAUUUGGACAGUUGAGCUACUCUGUAUCGGAAGAACUGGAAAAUGGGGCAGUGGUCGGUGAUCUGGCGCAUGACUUGGGGCUGGAUAUUCGAAAGCUGGCCAGCCGAAAAAUCAAGGUAACCUCCAGCAGCAGCAGUAAACGCUACGUGAUUGUCAACCCUAAAAAUGGCAAAUUGCUAGUUAAUGAAAGAAUCGACAGGGAGGCGCUGUGUGAUUUAUCCAGCAGCUGCCUCAUCAAUCUCGAGGUCCUCCUCGAAAAUCCGACUGAGGUGCAUCACGUCGAGGUGCUGAUAGUGGAUGUCAAUGAUAAUGCACCACAGUUCCCCAGGGACGAGUACCAAGUUGAGAUAACAGAAUCUGCGUUACCAGGGUCUCGGUAUCCAAUCGAAAACGCCCAGGAUCCGGACAUUGGCUCUAAUACAGUUCGCUUGUAUCAGUUGAGCACAAAUGACCAUUUUGCGCUGGUGUCCAACAAACCCUCCUUAAACACAAAGCACAUUGAGCUGGUGCUCAAAAAGCCCCUUGAUCGGGAGCAAACGCCUUACCACCAGUUAAUUUUAAGUGCUGUCGAUGGCGGGACACCUGAGAAAACGGGCACGGCGAUCAUUAACGUACGUGUCCUGGACUCAAAUGACAACGUUCCCAUGUUCGACAACUCGGUGUACAAGGUGAAACUGUUAGAGAAUUCGCCCAAAAACACCCUGGUGAUUAAAUUGAAUGCUACCGAUCUGGACGAGGGCACAAAUGGGGAAGUCUACUACUCUUUUAGCAGCUACACCCCUGAAAGAGUGAGGCAGAUGUUUAGCAUGGACACAAAUACAGGAGAAAUAAGAGUAAGCAGUAACGUCGAUUACGAAGAGACCAAUUCCUAUGAGAUGUACAUCCAAGCGAUGGACAAAGGCCCCGGAGCGGUGGCAGCACACUGUAAGGUGGUGGUAGAGGUAGUGGAUGUGAAUGACAACGUCCCUCAGAUUGUGUUGUCAUCCCUGUCAAGCCCAGUGAGGGAGGACGCCCGCGCUGACACGGUCGUGGCCCUCAUUAGCGUCACCGAUCGGGACUCCGGCGCCAACAAGCAGGUGACUUUAGAGAUCCCGGCUGGCCUUCCUUUCAAGAUUAAAUCCUUCCGAAACUACUACACCCUGGUUACCUCAGCGUUCCUUGACCGCGAGACCACCGAUGCCUACAAUGUCACUCUGAGUGCCACGGACGGAGGAAACCCACCCCUCUCCUCUCAGAAGACCAUCCAGGUGGACGUGGCCGACGUCAAUGACAACCCGCCGCGAUUUGAGCAGACGUCCUAUACUGUUUAUGUGACUGAGAACAACGCCCCUGGGGCCUCUUUGUGUACGGUGAAAGCUCAAGACGCAGACAUCAAAGAGAACGCGCGCAUCACCUAUACUGUGCUCAACGACAAUAACCACGGCAUCCCUGUCACUUCCUACGUGUCCGUGAAGGCCGAUACCGGGGAGGCGUACGCCCUGCGAGCCUUCGACUAUGAGUCACUUCGAGAGUUUCACUUCCAGGUCAAAGCCCAAGACGGAGGAAUUCCUCCGCUUAGUCGCGUCGCCACUGUCUACAUUUACAUCAUGGAUCAGAAUGACCACGCGCCGCUCAUUGUCAACCCUCCGGGUAAUGGCACACGCUCCUUGGAGACGGUUCAAAAGAACGCUGACCCCGGCGCCUUGGUGACCAAAGUGGUGGCGUACGAUGCCGACGCUGGUCCGAACGCCUGGCUGGUGUAUGUGCUUGAGACCUCCACGGACAUGGACUUGUUCAAGGUGCACGAACACACUGGCGAGAUCCGAACCACCCGGAGGAUCCUGGAGGACAACUCCACCUCCUUCGCUCUGACUGUCUUGGUGAAGGACCACGGACAGCCUGCCCUCUCCUCCACCGCCACCAUCAAUGUGGCUGUCAUGGAGGUGCCCCCCAAGGUUGUGCCGGAUCCCAAGAGAAUCAUCAGACCCCACAGCACCUUGCUUUUCUCUAACGUGACCCUGUACUUGAUUGUCGCUUUGAGCGCCACCACCUUUGUUUUCCUGGUCACCGUGGUGGUUCUGGCCAUUGUGCGCUGUCAUGCCUAUUGCACGCAACCUGGAUCCUGCUCCCCGUGCUGCGGGUCGCAGAAACCCCCUCCAGAUGGCGGGAAUAGCAGCGUGAGCGCCGGCGGUGGCGGGGCUGGUGGCGGACUUGCAGGGCAACCUAACAACAACGUGGUACUCCGGAGGGACCUUAAAGUUGAGCCUCACUACAUUGAAGUGCGAGGGAACGGCUCGCUAACAAAGACUUACUGCUACAAGACCUGCUUGACUGCCACCUCUGGCAGUGACACCUUCAUGUUCUACAACACGGGAAGGCCCAUCAGCGGCACCUGGGGCAGCGGCGCUGAUCGAUUCUUCACGAGUGGAAGCGGAUUUGUACGAAGGUUGAGCAUGCCGGAUGCCUCACUUCAAAUAUGUCCAGAGCCAAAAGCCCCAAACGCUGACUGGCGAUAUUCUGCAUCUUUGAGGGCUGGGGUGCAGAGUUCGGUCCACAUGGAGGAGGCUUCUGUGAUGCAGGGAGCCCAGGGCAUGCUGGUCCAGAACUGGCCCACUGUCUCCAGCGCUGCAGAUGGCGAGGGUGGUGGAGAACUGUCCCCUCCAGUAGGCGCCGGCGUCAACAGCAACAGCUGGCACUUCCGCUACGGAGCCGGACAGAGCUAUUGCCCACCGCAGGGCCUGAAACCCGGUGAGAUUCCUCCCGAAGCCUUCAUCAUCCCCGGUUCCCCGGCCAUUAUUUCUAUCCGCCACGACCCCGGCCCUGUUGACGAUAAAGGGGACUUCAUAAGCUUUGGAAAGAAGGAUGAUGCCAAGAAGAAGAAAAAGAAGAAGAAGGAUAAGAAGGAAAAGAAGGAGAAAGGAAAGGAUGACGGGGAUGAAUAAAGAGGGAUGAAUGGAAGCUAUUAAGAUGCCAGCCUGAUUACAGAGCCAGAAAAAACCCAAGUCAAUAUCAGGGGUGGAAAGUAACAAUUUACAUUUACUCUCGUUACACUAAGUUAUUAUUGUUUUGAUAAUUUUAAUAUAUAUAUAUUUUUUUUAGGUUAAUAUUUUUCUUUUACUUAAGUAAAUUUUGUUGGAAUUAGUUUUACUCAUUUACAUUUUAAACGCUUCUGUCACAAUGUAAAAUGAAAUGAAAUGAGAAAAAUGGGUGGGCAAAGAUCUUUUUGCUUCUGCUUGCAAGUAUGGAGCAUCCGUCUGACUAGCUCUGAUAACUUCAGUGUCAGGCAGCAACACAAAGUUAUUUAUUAUGUUAAGAAAGCCAUUGCGCAUCGCCGCCGUAUUGGAUGUGGCUCGUCGUCACAGACAUAGUAAGAGUAAAUGUCAAGGUACGUUACAAUAUUAAUACAUAAUGACUGUAAUCAGCUCCAAUUCAGUGGUUCUAGUAUUGGCGAAACAAACCCUGUGUAUAUAGGGAAAUGGUUUUUCCAAUUAGCACAUCAUCACAUCAAGCGCAUCAUUUAAUUUUUGCACAAAAGAAAUGGGUACUGUUAUUAUUAAGCUCAUAUUUUAGGUAAUUACUAUUACGUCAAUUAUUUUGUUUGUCUCCCCUAUUUUGUACAGCGGCUUUUUCUACAAAAAAUGUACUCCACCCACACACACACAAACUCAUAAAGUAACUAAGUAACUCAGAGUAAAUUUUAAAUCAGCUACACCAGUAAGUAAAAUAUCAUCAUUGUAACAAUACUUUUACUUAAGUAGAUUUUUUCGGUACUCUUUCCACCCCUGGUCAAUAUGGUAAAGGGAGUCUCUUUGCACUGUACGCAUACCAGUACAUGCCAAUCCUUUAUUAGACCAAGCCCGGCCGGCUUUGCACAAGCAAACCUACUUAAUGAAUACUCUGUGGCUCCUUUGGCCUUCAACUUUGACCAUAUAAUUCCAUUGAAAUGCACAUUGAAAAGGCAUUUUAUGGGAUCGGUGUAUGCUGUGAAUUUCAUGAUCCCUUCAGUUUAUAUGAAAACUAUAAUGCCAAAAACAAACAAAAAAAAAGGACUUGUAUAUGAAUUAUUCGCUGCCUGUGCCGGCACUACGCCUUCCUCAUACGGGCUUACUGAAAUAAGUAGGUAUAAAGUAAAGCCAAACUGCAAAAUAGGUCUUUUUCCUUAUCAGUAUUAAGUAGAUAUUGUAGACAUUCAGCAGAUGUGGUCUUUUUACAUAUUUAAAAACAAAACAAAACAAAUGAAACCAUGAAUUAGAAGCAUUAAAUAUGUAGACAGUAAGAUUCAUAAUAAGGAAAUAAGGUUGCUGAGACAAGCAGGACAAGAAUUAGUGUUGCACUGAUACCAAUAAUAGUAUCUGUACCGAUACGGCACCAAAAUUACGUAGUGGGGUUAGAUAUGUGCCGAUUACCGGUUUCAAGGUAUAUCGCGGUAUGAAAACAUCAAGGUUUUAAAACCGCAAAAAUUUUCCGUCAUACCGUCCCUAUGGUAUUAGCUAUUUUUUCUGUCCCGAAAAUGGAUAUGUCAGGGAAGUUCACUUUUGAACACCCAGACAUGUAUCAAUAUAGGAGGAAAGAAUCAGACUCAGCCAAGGAUUGCCUGCUAUGAAGACUUUAUAAACAAGAUAUAUAUCAAGGGUACAAAAUUAUGUGGAAGGAAUAUUUGGAGCACACAUAUUUGGAACGCACGAACAUGAAUACAGUCUCACAUGCAAGCAUAUAGUUUCACAGCAGUUAAUAAUUGUGUUUUAUAAGCAUGAAUAAAAUAUUCUAUCACAGUAUGGAGAAAUCCCACGCUUGCAGCUGGAAGGCUCAACCUUCCUCAACCGGUUGUUGCUCAGUGUCAGUGAGUCAGCUGUGCUACACGAUGGCUAAAGGUGGUGAAACUCCUGAACUUUUUUCCCCCAUCGAAGAAAAUGAAAUCGCUGGUAUGGGAAUACUUUGGCUAGAUAUCGCAAAGUAACACAUUUUAGAGCUGUAAUUGCAAAACCAUGAAACCGUGAUAUUUUGGCUAAGUUCAGGAUUUUUGACAUUAGGCUUUAUCUUCGAGUUAGCAGGGGUUUAUUUGGUUGGUGGAUUUGAUUUCAACAAAUUCCAUUUCAUUUGCAAGUUAUUUGUUAGUUUCAGGGCUCCAGAGUGGCUAAGCUAGUGCACCAUUAUAGCAUGCCAAUAAAAAAACAAUGUAUGCACACAUGAAUAUCAUCAAUGACCCAUGCAAUCAAUAGUGUUGGCUAUUUUUUCAGAUCAACUCUACAGAGGACCAGGUCGGAGUGAUAUCACAUCAGGUUUUUUUCAUCGUUGAUUUUUUACGUCGUAGCUAGCAGCAAGUGACCAGUUUAUAUUUUUCCUCGUUCUUCAUAGGGAAUUUGUGUAAAUUUCCCUUUACCCAUUUCUUCUGUAUGUUUCCACAGCCUCCAAAUGCACAUUUCGCCAUGUUGCCGGCCUUCAGUUAACUCAGCAGACUGAUGCUGCAUUCGAGGAAGGUGGGAAGUCAGAGUUUCCAACCUCUGAUCUGGAAAAAUACCAUUAGUACGCCUCAACUAUUUGAUCGCUUAUGACAAGUCAGGUUUGCUGGAGGUCAAAAUGUCUUUUGAAGGCUAAAAUAAAAAACAACUUGUGGCGAUCAGCCAUCUUUGCUGUUUACAUUCGCUUAGAAUGCUUAAAGGUCGCAACUGGUACCUUCCGAGCGGGAUAAGUCAGAAUUCCCGCCUUCCUCGAAUGCAGCGUGAGAACAAGUGCCCGAAGCACUCCUCUUUAUUGGGGUCAUAGUAUGCAUCUAAAAAAAAAUAGUCCUGCAGAAUGAAAUGAAUUACGGCAGUUUGGUGUGACAUUGUUGUGGCCGCAUGGGUGUUUUGGAACAAUGAUCUGCGUUUUGAAUUUAUUUGACUAUGUUGGAUCUGUUUGUAGAUCCAUCAUUUUUUUGGGGGCAUGCUAUAAUGGUGCCAUUGACUCGCGCUAGCAUAGCAACUCCGGAGCCCUGAAACUAACAAAUAACUUGCAAACGAAACGCAAUUUGUUGAAAUCAACUCCACCAACUAACUAAACCCCUGGUAACUCGAAGAUUAAGCCUAAUGUCGAAAAUCCCGAACUGCUCCUUUAAGGUUAUUAUACCGUCAAAAUCUCAUACCGGCACAUGCUUAAGUGGGGAGUACUAAGAAACAAUGUACCGAUGUUGUGCAAUAUGUACUUUUCGAGAUCUAGUGUCGCACUCCCGGUUGCCCCACUCAAGAUGACUGCCAGCUACUCAAGCCACCAUAAAAAAAAGGAGCACUUGUCGCCCUUCCCAAGAUGAUGAUAGACUUCUAAUCGUAUAAUAUCUAAUCAUCAUUUUCUUCUUAAUUUCAGUGAAUUUAUCACUAGCAGACUAAUUCAUUUGAAGUGGGAGGGUGGCGUCGUUCAUUCGCUGCCAACCCUCAAGUGCCGUCAAUAGCAGACAAUACGGUCAAGUGAGGAUGCAGUAAUGUAGUAUUUUUAAAAGUGUUUUUUUUUUGUUUGUUUGUUUGUUUUUUUUCGUAAAACCGAGUAAUGGUAAAUGGUGUUAUACUUAUAUAGCGCUUUUCCACCUUUCAAGGCGCUCAAAGCGCUUUACACUAUAUCGGUACAGUAUUGCCAUUAUCUGAACCCACACAGUCAGGUGUCAUAAUCGGUAUCGGGAGCCAAAAAAUGGUGUCAGUACAACACUAACAAGAACUUCCGCAAAAAUAUGCAACAAUCAGACAGUAAAACAGCACAAUGUUAAAGACCUAAGAUGUGUUGCACCAACUGUGUUACAUGUGUUCCCAGGUUAACUUCAGAAUUAGUUUACUAGAUUAAAUUGUACCGUUUUUUAUUCAAUGAGUUGAAAACCAUUUUAACUGGUCAAAAUGGAUUGGCCAUCUAGUGGCGGCCAAUGAGUUAAACGAGUGCCCUAUAAGUUUUAAGUGAAACUGAGGUUUGUUAUGUUAUUUGAAUGGGACUUAUCUAGAAAAGUUCAUGAAAUUGGCAGGAUUGGAUUGAAAACAUUGAAUAUAACUGCUAGCCAUUUGCAAAUUCAAUAUAAGUAAAAAAGAAAAAGAAAAAAAAUUAAGUGAAUACAAUUGUGUGACUUGGUAUUAUUUUCAUCAGUUUUAUUGUUGGCUUAGCUAUUUUGUUGUUGCCUCUUGUAUGAGGGUCAAUGGCAUUCUUAAUGGUUAGAGUAUAUUCUAAGGUUAUAGAGCAGGAACAUUGCUUGUUCAAGCCUGGAUCCCUCUUCUUCUGUCUUUGAAUGUUAAGUAGAUGUUCUCCAAGCUCAUCACCAUCGCUUCGACGGCUUCAGUGCUUGUAGGACGUGCUUGCCCGCUGCUUGUUUCCUCUCUCUUUCUCCCAUCUUCGGGAAUAACAUCUGUAAAGUCAUUUUCCUUAAAUGGACUGUGCAGUCAUGUCAUGUCGUUGCAUAUUCAUUAACAGAGGACACUUUGCUACCUACUGUAUGUCAAACAUUCAUGUCUUACCCUUAUUACGCUCUCAGAGAAAGUUGUCUAAUACUUUUGGAUAAAUGUUUUACAAGAUAACCUGAGAAGUUGGAAGGCAUUUACCAUUAGAGCAAGCAAGAUUUUAAAAAUAUCCAUACUGUAGUUACAGCGUUAUCAAUUGCGGUGAGUCCACAGGCAGAAAUACUCAUUCUGGAUUUAACAUUUGCUCGAUUAAUGCUCAGAAAACGUUAGAUUUUCAGUAAAAUGCAAGCCGCUGAUGUUGCCAAUAUCUUUCGUUAAAAAAUUGUGAAAGCCAUAAAAUGCACAUAAAAACGGUAUCGUGUUUCGGGUAUUAUAAAGUUUAUGGUAGAGGGUUUUUUUUUUUUGAGCUGAAUAUCAUGGUAGUCAAAUUUCAAUAUUGUAAUUGAUAUGUAACCAGUCGUGCUAGUUCUGACAUUUUGUUGCAGCUUUUCUCAGUGUACCACCUCUCCAGUCAUUUCAACGCACAAUGUUAUCUUAGCAGUCAAACACGCUAACUACUGUGCUACUUCAGGGUAGCUGGAGGAAGUGCUAUGCGUGUAGGAGUCUAGGAAAACAUAGCACCCUGAGAGCUUAAAAGAGGGUAAUGGCAGCUGAAGUUAGCUCAGUCGCCAGCACACCUAACUACCAUGUGACAGUAUGGGUUUAAAAUCCAGUUGGAGACACUACCGCCUUCUCGAUGUAUUUAAACAACAGUUACAUUUUUAUAUAAUACAGUAUUGUUCUUUUUACAGUAGUUUGCCGAUAAUAUAACAAUGAGCAUUUCAUGGCUUUCCCAUUUUUAAUGGAAUAAUUCUAGCAAACACAACUGCUAGCAUUUUACUUUAAAUUUAAUGUUUUUUUUUAAUAGUGUAGUUUAUUAUUAGCAGUUUUGCUAGUGUAUAGAAAAUGUACAAAAAGAUUGACUUUAUUUUGCCCAUACUUGAGGAAUCUUGACCUAGUGUGGGAGAGAACGUGUAGUUUGAGCUGAGUGCAAAGCAACUGGAAGUCGCUCAUCUCUGUCGGCGUUACUUUUGUAGAAGCAUCCAUUUCCCGGUCCCAGCUGUAGGCGCCGCCAUCAUGCUCACGUUUCCUUACCCCUGCCCAGGUGUACGUCUGUGCUGUCAGAUCACCAAGUGUUUGCAUGUUAUAAGAAAAGGAAACAGACGUUAUACAAAUACUAUAUAUACCUACCUAUACCUUUUUUUCACUGGGAAAUGUGUAUCGGAAACUACAAACCUGACUUCACAUCCAUGCAUAUACACAAACAGUACUGCAAUCUGUGGCAAAACCAAAAGUAUCACAUUUUUUAUUCCUGGUCAAAUAGCAUUGGAUCUUCUAUAUGUAAAUAUAAUGCUAUUGUGGUAUGCUAUGAAAUGCCUUUUUUUGCAUAUGAUUACAUUGGUAAGAAAAUUACUUCCAUCUUGUCCCUUCAACUUGUUGAAAUGAUCAAACAAACACUGUUGUGAGCUCAUGUGCACACCCUUCAUAACUAUUCCUUACAUAAUGAAAACAAAAAGGCUGAAAAAGACCACCAAAAAAAUAUUAAAUAGAAAAAAUGUCUCCAAAAAAAUUUAAAUAAAGUUGGUGUAUUCUCUGCUUGUGUAUAGUGAAUAUUUGUCAGUCACUGGGUGUGACAGUGGGUGGCACAUGCUAGUGGACUGUGACAGUGCAGAUUUGUUCAUAAACUUAUUUUGUACACCUACUUAUUGUUAAGGUGAUAAUAGUGGUUCUAAUGAGUUCAACAACCUGGCAAUGUGUUUUGUUAAUAAGUCACAAAUAAAGUUUUUCUUAAAUAUCUCAAACUUUGCUUUGACUUGAGUUUUGAGUUAUUCUGAUCUUUUUUUUUUUUUUU